CCUUGCUUUGACCCUCAAAACGGCUGUGUGGGAAGUUUGUGUCUCUCAGAUAGAGUGAAGCACUGCUCUGUAAAGUGCUUGGAGCCGAAGUGAAUGCAAAGAAACUGAUAAAUACAGAAAAGACUCUCUGAGCUCCAGAUGCGCCCCAGAGAGGAACUAUAAGAGAACAGCUCCCUGGAACUUGGCAGUGAUUACUUGGUCAUCCUGUCCCCUAUAACAAACAUCUGAGCACUCAUCUUUGCCCACUAAAGUGGGGAAGACUGUGACCAGGUGACCUAUGGACCAGCUCACAUUCCUGUCGUGCUAACUGUUGGUGGGUAACUUCAAGGUCCGUGCUAUCCUGCAUUAUGAUUCUUUAUCUUCAAAUGGGACAGCUGUUCAGACAGAGGACACCUUCAAGUAGAGGCUUGAUUUUCAAAAGCAAGGAACACCCAAAACCGAAUGAAGCAGUGGGAGCUGGAGGACAGUAUGGCAAAUACCUUUGUGACAAUACCAGAUGGGUACUGCCUUAGUGAGCCAAUCCAGUAUUAUGAUGCCUUGCCAGAACAUAUCAGUUAUCCGCUGCAAGACCUUGACUUUCAGGCUGCUCCUUAUUGUCAGUAUUCGACAGUUCAGUUUCCUCCAGCAUUACAGUCGCCAUCUCCCCAAACUCAGUACAGCACAUACAACUUGGAUGCUCAAUAUAGUGAUGGGCAAUACAUCAUCAGCAAUUGUGAACUCAGUAAGCCCACCUGCAUGGGUGUCCAUAAUGAUGCGGGAGGUUAUCCUGGACAGAAAAGGCCCAGGCUUAGUCACUCUGCCUUGCGAAUUAAGGGGCAGGAGGAACUCUGUGUGGUUUGUGGGGACAAGGCUUCAGGAUAUCAUUACAAUGCACUCACCUGUGAAGGCUGCAAAGGAUUUUUUCGACGAAGCAUCACCAAAAACGCAAUCUACAGAUGCAAGAGUGGCGGCCACUGUGAAAUGGAUAUGUAUAUGAGGAGGAAGUGUCAGGAGUGUCGCCUAAAGAAAUGUAAAGCUGUGGGAAUGCUGGCUGAAUGUCUAUUAACAGAAGUCCAGUGUAAGUCAAAGCGACUCAGAAAGAAGAGUAGCUUCCUUUGUGGCAUCAAAAUGGAAGAUGAAGGAGUGGACAGCAAGCAUGUGUCCUCUACAACAAAACCUUUAAAAGUCCAAGAGAAAAUGGAACUUACACCUGGGGAACGUCAGCUCAUUGACCAUAUUUUGGCUGCCCAUCAAAAAUGCACAAUUCCCCUGGAGGAAGCAAAGAAGUUUUUGCAGGAAACUGCCAACCCUGAAGAGAACUUUCUACGUCUUUCAGAAACAGCUAUGAUUCAUGUGCAAGUACUAGUGGAUUUUACAAGACGACUUCCAGGGUUUGAAAGUUUAGCCAAUGAUGAUCAGAUUGCAUUGCUGAAAGGGUCCACAAUUGAAGCAAUAUUUUUACGUUCUGCCCAGAUAUACAAUGAACAAGGGAUUGAAUGUCAGACAUCAUUCAGUGAAAGUCAUGUAAAAUUUUCUGACCAUGCUAUAUGUGGUCAAGAUAAAAAUACAUACUCUAUAGAAAUGUCUCAUACUGAAGAAAGUCCAACAUCAACUACUACAACAGGUAUCACUGAGGAGUUUAUCACUGCACUAUUUUAUUUCUACAGAAGUAUGGGAGAACUUAAUGUGACAGAGACUGAGUAUGCGCUACUUGUUGCAACUACUGUUUUUUUUUCAGAUCGUCCACUCCUAAAAAACAAACAACAUGUGGAAAAACUCCAGGAACCCUUUUUAGGAAUUCUGUAUAAGUAUUCAAAGAUUUAUCACCCUGAAGAACCUCAACAUUUUGCCCGUCUGAUAGGGCGACUCACUGAACUCAGAACCCUCAAUCACAACCACUCAGAAGUGCUAAUAACCUGGAGAACAAGAGAUCCUAAGCUGACCUCUUUAUUUUGUGAAAUCUGGGAUCUGCAUUAAACAAUUUGCCAAUUACUUAAGUUGUUACACAGGUCUGUUUUUCUUCUUAAAACAUGAUCUUUCUAAAUUCUUGUGCUUGUAUUAAAAAAUAUAUCAUAUAUGUUAAA